AUGGCAAUCAAAGGGCAAGCAGUGGCAGAUUUUCUACUGGAAUGUGAUUCAGAAGACAUAGAGGAAGACCUUCGAGGUUGCUUGUGGAGACUCUUCGUCGAUGGAUCCUCAAAUCAGAUGGGGGCAGGCAUUGGGAUUAAAUUACAGACACCGGAAGGUACGUCCUUGAGUCAAGCGCUCCGGCUUGAAUUCCGAGCCACCAAUAAUGAAGCAGAGUAUGAAGCACUGCUGGCAGGACUUAAGCUUGCCAAGGAGUUGAAGGUCAGGAAUUUGAUUGUCUUUAGUGACUCGCAGUUAGUUGUUCGGCAAGUGAAUGGCGAGUAUGAAACCAAAGAUAAAAUAAUGGAGGCUUAUCAUUUUGCUGUUGUGCGGGAGGCCAAAAACUUUGAAAAAAUUGAAUUCAUCCAAAUACCGAGAGAGCAUAACGAAGAUGCCAACCGGCUAGCGUGUAGUGCCUCGGGUUCUGGGGAAACAUUGGCUAGGGUAAUUCCAGUAGGAAUAUUAAACCAGCCAUCCAUUUUUGCAGAACCUUCGAAUCCAGAUCCUUGGCAAGUAAAUGUUAUUCCACAUGAGCCAAGUUAG